GUCCUACUUUCAGCUUUUCUAAUGCCAUCUCUGGGGAAAGGCACCUAGGAUUCCUAUGCCCCGUUGAUUUCUUGGUAAAUCGUCUACUUGGACGUCUAAAAUGUCACACUAUGCGGUACAUACGGCUCUGAAUUUGCCGACAGCAACAUCACACCCCUCCUCAAAUUGCGUUCAAUGGUCGUCCGAUGGACAAGUCGUGAUUGCCACCAAGUCGGCUGUAUACAUAAUGACACCAGACCAUGGAAUUAAUUUUGAUACGACCUCAGUUAUCAGGUCUGUCGGUGAAGCGGGAGGUAUACCUCAUGUAGGCUGGUUCCGGACGUUGAUUCAGCUGGAUAAAACCGCUGCUGUGCGAUGGCCCGAAUACUCGCAAGAGUGGGGUGCAAACUCAUUAGGAUCAAUAGAUGUUUCUCUGUUAGCAGUGACCAUCUCACCGAGCUGUGUCACUGUCGACGCUGGAUGCGUAGUCGCAACUCUAAGUUCAAACAUGGAUCUAUCACUCUGGGUAUCAAGCAAGAAUACUCUGAAAGGAGAGUGGACAAGAACUCAUGACGUGACGACCUUCCUAAUAAAAGAGUACGCGUUGGUUCAUGAGACCGACCUCUCCAAUGUCCUCAAGGCCCAAAUUAUCAGUGCGUCCAUCAUAUACGACACAUCUAUCCAGCAUAAAUUUACCAUUACAGGUAUGUCGUGGUCUUCUCAACCUAACUUUGGAGUGUCGCCAAGCCCAAUGAUCAAUGGGUCACUGCUCGUUGGUGGAAGUCGCGGUGGGUCCGUAGUGUUUGUCAGGUAUAAUGAAGAAUACGACGUUCAGCACAUACAUACUAUAUCAGUUGCGGAAGGAUGGAUUACCAAUGUGGCAUUUUCUACUUGGACGUUAGUCGGUCCUGCACGAUGCGAGGCGCAUGUAGCGUAUGCUGUUGCCGAUGGCACUGUCGGUCUGGUCAAAGUCAUUGAAGAACUCGAAGUCUCGUCAGAUGAUUUCAGCGAAAACUAUAAAAUCAGAUUUACUUUUUUCAAAGAAGAUUCGAAUAUCGACGGUCGUGAUGGUCGAGGAGUGACAGCUUUACAAUGGAUAGAAGUUCCGAGAAAGGCGUAUGCACUCGUUCACUGUAAACCGGGAAGAGUGUCCCUGAGCACAUGUCCUGCAUCAACGCCUUUUUCUUGGUCGGGUAUCAGGACCCUCACUUUGAAAUAUUACAGGCUUUCAGUUGGAUCAUCGCCUUUCCUGCCCGUAUCAGGCAUUCAAUACGUGUCUGGACAUGACGCUGUCGCUUUGACUCUUUUUGAUGGCUCCAUACAUAUCAUUCAUGACGUAACAAAUAACCCUUCAUGGGAUGGUUCCUCGCUCACAACCCAGGCCCUCUCAGAUGCUGUCCGAGCAAUAUUCGUUCGCUCUGAAAGUGAAACCAUUCAGAACAUGGAUGAUAAUCAUAUUAGUGGAAUGGUGCCAUAUGAUAGCAUGGGCAGUUUAAUAUGGAUUCAUGAGGCAUCGCGAACAGCUGACUUCAGCUAUAAGCAUGACGCACGGCAUCAAAGCAUGUUCAUGGUGGCUCAGAUAUGGGAUCAGAGUAGUCAUAACAAUAUCCUUCAAGCACUAGAACACACACUGAACUCUGCCAAAGCCUAUACGUCGCCUCUGAACAGCCUUCGGCCAAUAUUCUUUCAUAUCCGAAGCAAGGAUGAAGUAUCAGCCCUAUACACUGAGAUCAUUAAAAUCCUAUCAGUCGAACUGCCUGAUUAUUCCACCGGCAUUUCUAUCUUUCCAUGGAGUGGUCCCCUACUUCCAGAAGCAAAACGCGCUUUCAGAAGAAGUUUGACGAAACAUCUUUUUGGCUGGGAUAUUCUGAUAGCCUUGAGAAUGAGGCUUUCGGUCUCUGAUUACCUUUGGAAAUUGUCAGAUGAUGCCGUGAAACAGGAAGAACUAGGGUACGCAGCACAAUCCCUUCUGAACACUAUUUCGCAUCGCAUUCUGCGUACCAUGAUCCGCCAUUUGGCAGCUAUUAUGCACUGUCUUACAGAACAUGAUGUUCCCUUCGUGUUGAGGAUGGUAGUGCAGUCACUUCUCCCCGGCUGUCCUCAAGACCUGUUAUCGGAGGGACAAGACAUAUCCGAGAAAAUCAAAGCGCUUUUUCCAAACCAGGCAUCAAACGGAUUCGCUGAGCGUUGUCCAGCAUGUCAAACCGAAAUCCCUCUGGAGGAUAUUACCGUGGCUCGCUGUCCUUUCGGUCAUAUAUGGUCCCGAUGUUCUAUCACGACUUUUAUACUAUCAACACCGUAUCUUCGGAGUUGCAUUGGCUGUACGCGAAAGGCGUUUCUUCCACCGUCGUCUUCUGGUGUUCCAGCCACCGGGGACUGGCUGCCAACAACGGCGAGGGGAUGGGUCACGGAAGAACUCCUGGAAGCGGUCCAUCGUUGCCUUUUUUGCGGCAACACCUUUGUUAGCGUUUUGUGAAAACACGCGUUGUGCAAAAUUAGACGUGA